UGACAUGAAGUGGAGGAUAUAUGAUGAAACUUAGCAAGAUAUUGGGCAGUCAAUUCGUAUAAUAUUUGUCCUGAAAUAUAUAAUUAAGUAAAGCAAACAUAUGCACCAGUAAACCUCUUGUUACGAUACUACAUAUGUGAAUAAAAGAUGCAAUAAAAAGCAUCACAAUCACCAGUUUUUGUCCAUUGUUUCGAGCUUACAUUUCACAUUUAUAACUUAAAAUCAACCUUAUUAAAAAAUUAAAACACAUAAUAAUAACAUGGCACUCUCACCAUCAUCAAAGGAGACUCAAACUGUACCAGAGUCAGCAGAAGAAAAGCCAUUCGUGGAUAAGAAUAAGUCUUUUCUCCAACAGAAAUACGAGUCAUUUUGGCUUUAUCCAGAAUCGCACCCAUGGCGAUUAGCCCAACACAUCACGCUCCGCGGUGUCUUCGCCGGUGCGACGCUCGCCCUCGUGGGCGCGGUUCCAUUCGCCAUAGCGAGAAGGAGGGGGCGAAUUUUGGCAUCCGUGGGCAAAAUUGCAUUUCGUGGCGCCGCUGUGGGUGGGGUUUUGAUGGGGUUGACAGCCGCGGAGAGGCAUUACUCCUUGGAGAAGGUGGGGAUUGAGGACAGAGCGUACAGAAUUUCCUAUAAUUGGGGACAAACCAAGUGGGACUAUAUUGCAUUGGAUGGCGCACUGCUUGCAGGAUUUUUGCUCAGGAAACCGUUUGGUGGAGUUUUACCCGCAGCCAGUGUCGGGAUUGGGCUGGCGACUUUGGCGUGCGCGGAAGUAAUGUUGUACAAUCAAUUUUUAAAGCGGAAGACAGAGUGAGGCAUGAAAUCUUGACGAACAAAAUAAUUUUUUAAUGUAGUGGUAAUUGAUGGUAUUAACUAUUAAGUAACAUUUGCUUUUAGUGCAUUAUUGCUUAAAUGAAUGGUUAGCUAUUGUAAAUAUGUAAAACAAGGUUGUUGAAUAAAUGUAAUAAUGUCAUCAUAUACA